AUGGGUUCCCUCCAGCUCCCUUCCAAACCCUGGGUCGAAACCCCCUGUAUCCGCUCAGCGGCCUUGUCCAGAGAAGCAGGAUGCAACAUCUACCUAAAGCUCGAGAACCUUCAGCCCUCGGGCUCCUUCAAGUCGCGCGGCAUUGGCAACCUCCUCACGCAAGCGCUCCUCGCCCACGGGCCCCAGAAGCCCAUCCACUUCUACUGCGCAUCGGGCGGCAACGCCGGUCUGGCCUGCGCCACCGCUGCUGCCGCCCUGGGUCGCCCGGCCACCAUCGUCGUGCCGACAACGACGUCCGCGACCGUGGUCGCGAAGCUGCGGACGCUGGGCGCCGACGUGCGCCAGGAGGGCUGCCAGCUGAGCGAGGCCGACACGUACCUGCGGACGGAGCUGCUGGCGCGGGAUCCGGACGGUGUGUAUGUGCCGCCCUUCGACCACGCGGAUGUGUGGGAUGGCAACGCGACGCUGAUUGAGGAGCUGGAGGAGCAGAUGGGCGAGCGCGGCGGCUAUGAUGCCGUGGUAUGUAGUGUGGGCGGCGGCGGCUUGUUCGUGGGGCUGAUGCAGGCUCUCGAGAGGCGGGGACGGUUGGGCGGCGAGGGGAGACCGGUUAGGGUCUUGGCCAUGGAGACCGAGGGGGCGCAUUCGCUGGCGCACAGUCUGAAGAAUAAGGAGUUGUCGAGAUUGCCGGCCAUCACGAGUAUAGCGACGAGUCUGGGUGUGUCGCAGGUGGCGCAGAAGGCGUUCGAGUGGGCCCAGAGACCGGAAGCCACGAGUUGUGUCUUGAGUGAUGCGGAAGCUGCUAUGGCGGCUGUUCGUUUUGCGGACGAUGAACGCAUUAUCGUGGAGACUGCCUGUGCCGUCAGCAUAGCGAGUGCAUAUAAUGGUAGUCUGUCAUCUCUUCUGUUCCCAGACAUCAGCCCAUCCGAGUUCGCCGAUCUCAACGUCGUUAUCGUCGUAUGUGGUGGUUCCAACGUCACGCUUCAAACCCUUGAAGACUACAAACAGAAAUACGGCACAGAUGAGGCAGUUCUAAAGAAGUAUCGUGCAAGGAAAUCAGCCGUGGAGCGGAACAAGGCAUAG